AACGGAAUAUCUGGUUUUUAUAUUUGGAUUGCGUCUCAAUUUACCGAAUCCGCCUAUGUAACACUUCCGCAUCUGCGGUGACAGAAAACAUCGGUCUUCUCACAAAAGCGUCUGUAGCCUCCGAACGGUUUGGCCUAAACACUAAUAUGACUCAUUUGUGUAAAGCUUCACAUAGGUGCUGGCGUGUAUGUACUUCAACCGCACAGGAGUGCCUUAUUCAUCGUCUGCCGAAGUUCUAAACGGAAAGUUUUUAUUUUUUUCAGGGUUCAACACCUGCCAAUCGGAUCCGUUUGAGGUCCAUACUGAGGUAGAAUAUAUCCGUCUGAGAGACCAGCACAUGAUGUCGUCGUUCACCCGUGAAAAACUGUCUUUGCACCUGCGGCGCAGAAUGGGGGUGUUUGUGAGCAGAGUGAAAGCCACAGAGCUCAUGGCCAAUCUCCCUUGCCUUACACCUUCUGACAAGGAGGAGAUCCAGGCCAAGAAGGACUUUUCUGGUAACUAUGCAGCCAUGCAACUCCUGCUGGACUAUGUACAGAAGCGAAUGAACUGGCCAGAAGAGUUGAUGGUAGCCCUGGAGCUGUUGGAGCAUCAGGAUCUGGCUGAUGAACUGAGAGCAGAGUGGAACAAGCACAACCAGAACAAUCCCUACCCUCCUUCAGCUGCUGCUACCACCGCAGUCAGGACCCAUGUUCAUCCAAUUCCUUCUACCAGCUCUGAGGGGUCACCGUGUUCUCUGGUCCUCCCAGGUCAGCCAGCCCCACCGGAGGUAGCUGCCCCACCUUCGGCUUCACUCCCUCCUGAAGUAGCCCCAGAGGUUUUGCCACCUCCUGUAGUGGCUGCCCAGCCAGAAGCCCCCCCAAGCUCAGUUCCCGAGGCUCCCAUGGCUGGCUCCUCUUCAAAACAUGCUCCCAAAGCAGCAGUGAGCCCUGAAAUAGCCUCAGAGGCAGCACCUUCUCCUGUUGCUGCUCCUCAGGCAGAGCCCCAGGCAGCCCCUCCGUCUCCUGUCUCAGUGGAGGAGCCCACAGUGAUCUCUGAACCUCCAGCCUCAUCCGGUUCUAUUCAAACCGUCAGUCUGGAGGACAACUUGUGUCAUGGUGAUGCUCCUACACAGAUGGCCCUGUCUGAAACCACUCCUACCUUGUCUGGUUCACACCUAAUCCCAGUUGUAUCUGAAAUCACUCCCACGUUGCCGGUCUCACACCCAGCCCUGUCCCAAACUGAAUCCACCCCCACCCCUGCUGCCUUGGCCACAUUCCAGUCCCCUGAGAGACGGCCAGUUCAGGACACCUCGCCACACACAGUCAAAGUGCCUUCCUUCCACCAGGAGGCUGUGGAGAACUCUGAUCCAACCCAGGUGACUGAAGAUGAGCAACACACUGAGCCGUCUCAGAGCCAGCACUUCUCCCCGGCCGCGGCCCCAGCGGAUACCUCCAUGAAUGAGGAUGAAGUGAACUUUAGCAAGCCUGAAGUCCUCCGCAGUGAGGUCAUGGACAGCCAGCCAUACUCAGGAGACUCAACGCGUCUACAGAGGUCUGUGUCAGACUUUGUACUUGCUACAGCUGAUGUGAACAGUCGUGUUGUCAUCCCCGACCCCGUCACUACUUCCACCCCUCUGCCAUGUCAGGAGAAUGGAGUUCCUGAGGAAAUAAUUGAACCCCUGUCCCAUAACGAGCCCCAAGAGGACACCUACGAGUCCUCCUGCCUGAGCUCCCUGGGGGACCAGGAGGUGCUGCUCAAUGUUGUUCACGUGUCUGAGGACGCGUCCAUCCAGAACAACGACGGCCAGACCCCGAGCAUGCUGGGUUUUGUAGUCCACGUGUCCGAGGAGCCAUCUAUCUGGAAUCAAGAUGGCCAAACACAGAGCAUGCUGGGUAAUAAUGAUGUGGGUGUGUCUGGAACCCCACUACCAGUUCAGAACCACAACAGCCAAUCUCAGAUCACACCUCUCUCUGGAUCUAAUGCCCUUGACCUGUCGUCUGGUCCAAACCAGCACGGCCAAUCUCCGGGUCCAAACCAGCACGGCCAAUCUCCGGGUCUGAUUAUGAUCGUUAACGGCCAAGACGCCAGCCCCUCAACCAAACAUCCUGAUGCUCCUCCAGCCCCUACUGGCCUCAUCGUCAACGGCUCUUCCUCGGCUGAGAACCGUCAUCCACUGGAGCCUAUGGGGGCAGAGGUCACGAUGGAGGCUAGAGCUGUUCCUGAACUGAAGCAGGAGGGAGCGAUAAGAGAGAGAUACUAUCUUCUGGGGGCUGCUGUAGUGGCCGUCUCGCUGUUCAUGGCCUGGAGGAUGAGGAAUUAACAACCAGGGGUUUAGGAUAGGUUGUCUCAACUGGCACCAUGUUUAUAUAUAGAGGCAGAGUGAGUAACCUUGUGUUUGGCAACUGUCCUUUUGGGCGCUUCUGGCCGAUCUACUGUUUCUGUAGUGUGAGGCAGCUUGAAAAAUAAUUACACAGCCUAGACAAAGUAUUGCACUAUAUUGGAAAUAGGGCCACGGCAAAAGUAAUUGCAAAAAAAAACACGAAAUAUUAUAGUUCAAUAUGUUAAGAGAUUAUUAUAUUGGUUCAGUCGCUUAUUGUAUUGAAGUGAAGGAGCUGAAAUUAACUAUUUAUUAGGUGAGGCAAUGAGUUCAAACCAAUUAACAUCAAUAUAUAUAUAUAUAUACUGAUUGAACAAAACAUUAUGAACACCUGCUCUUUCCAUGAUACAGACUGACCAGGUGAAUCCAGGUGAAAGAUAUGAUUCAUUAUUGAUGUUAUCUGUUAAAUCCACUUCAGUCAGUGUAGAUGAAGGGGAGGAGACAUGUAGAUGAAGGGGAGGAGACAUGUAGAUGAAGGGGAGGAGACAUGUAGAUGAAGGGGAGGAGACAUGUAGAUGAAGGGGAGGAGACAUGUAGAUGAAGGGGAGGAGACAUGUAGAUGAAGGGGAGGAGACAUGUAGAUGAAGGGGAGGAGACGGGAUAAAGGAAGGAGUUUUAAACCUUGAGACAAUUGAGACAUGGAUUGUGUAUGUGUGUCAUUCAGAGGGUGAAUGGACAAGACAAAAUAUUUAAGUGUCUUUGAACGGGGUAUGGUAGUUGGUGCCAGGCACACCAGUUUGUGUCAAGAACUCCAACGCUGCUGGGUUUUUCACGCUCAACAGUUUCCCGUGUGUAUCGAGAAUGGUCCACCAGCCAAAGGACAUCCAGCCAUCUUGACAGAACUGUGGGAAGCAUUGGAGUCGACAUGGGCCAGCAUCCCUGUGGAACGCUUUCAACACCUUGUAGAGUCAAUUUCCUGAUGAAUUGAGGCUGUUCUGAGGGAAAAAGAGGGUACAACUCAAUAUUAGGAAGGUGUUCCUAAUGUUCUGUACACUCUGUGUAAGUACCUAUCCAGGACUUUGAUUGACGGUCAAAAUCAAUUAGUAGCAUGUCCUAAUUUGGGAUAAAUAAAAUGUAUCUUUUAUGAUGAAUUUUAGAAGCCCAAGUGAUUAUUUGUCCACCAUAUACCUAAGCUGCUUAAUCAGUAAACAUAUUCGUAAUUUAGCAGACUCUCUUAUCCAGAGCCACUACAGUAGUGAGUCAUUUAACAGACUCUCUGAUCCAGAGCCACUACAGUAGUGAGUCAUUUAACAGACUCUCUGAUCCAGAGCCACUACAGUAGUGAGUCAUUUAACAGACUCUCUGAUCCAGAGCCACUACAGUAGUGAGUCAUUUAACAGACUCUCUUAUCCAGAGCCACUACAGUAGUGAGUCAUUUAACAGACUCUCUGAUCCAGAGCCACUACAGUAGUGAGUCAUUUAGCAGACUCUCUGAUCCAGAGCCACUACAGUAGUGAGUCAUUUAACAGACUCUCUGAUCCAGAGCCACUACAGUAGUGAGUCAUUUAACAGACUCUCUGAUCCAGAGCCACUACAGUAGUGAGUCAUUUAACAGACUCUCUGAUCCAGAGCCACUACAGUAGUGAGUCAUUUAACAGACUCUCUCUUAUCCAGAGCCACUACAGUAGUGAGUCAUUUAACAGACUCUCUGAUCCAGAGCCACUACAGUAGUGAGUCAUUUAGCAGACUCUCUGAUCUAGAGCCACUACAGUAGUGAGUCAUUUAACAGACUCUCUGAUCCAGAGCCACUACAGUAGUGAGUCAUUUAACAGACUCUCUGAUCCAGAGCCACUACAGUAGUGAGUCAUUUAACAGACUCUCUGAUCCAGAGCCACUACAGUAGUGAGUCAUUUAACAGACUCUCUGAUCCAGAGCCACUACAGUAGUGAGUCAUUUAACAGACUCUCUGAUCCAGAGCCACUACAGCAGUGAGUGAGUACAUUUUCAUAUGGGAAUCGACCCCACAACGCUCUACCAACUGAGCCACACUGAACCUUCCUACUGUAUACUGGUGCAGGGUCUUAAUUUGAACCAGUUUGUUACAACAGGAAAUGUGUAUUAUAAUGAAUGAUAAGAGGCUCUUUGGUCUUUACUACUGAAUAGUGGCUGUUCCAGGUAUAUAGGAGUUAAUAUGAAUACUGGAGGAGAUGGAGAACCGCACACUGUCGAGAAAAAAUGAAUGCAAAAAUGAAGACGUUUAUUUAAAACGUCACAGUGCCCCCCCCCAAAACAAAAAUCAGUGCAUAAAUAAAACACAGGCCGUCAUCAGUGUGGAUGUCAGUGCACACACCUGUCUUCUACAGAUAAUUUCAUGUCACAUGACCAAGAAAGAAAACAAAGUAAAACAGAAGGUAUAGUGAUCACCAACCUGUCCAUCUCCAAGCCUUGCUUGUCAUUCACCAAAUAUACUUUAUGGCCAAAAGUAUGUGGACACCUGCUUGUUGAACAUCAUCAUUAUAAAAUCAUGGGCUUUAAUAUGGAGUUGGUCCCCUCUUUGCUGCUAUAACAGCCUCCAGUCUUCUGGGAUGGCUUUCUACUAGAUGUUGGAACAUUGCUGCUAUAACAGCCUCCACUCUUCUGGGAAGGCUUUCUACUAGAUGUUGGAACAUUGCUGCUAUAACAGCCUCCACUCUUCUGGGAUGGCUUUCUACUAGAUGUUGGAACAUUGCUGCUAUAACAGCCUCCAGUCUUCUGGGAUGGCUUUCUACUAGAUGUUGGAACAUUGCUGCUAUAACAGCCUCCAGUCUUCUGGGAAGGCUUUCCACUAGAUGUUGGAACAUUGCUGCUAUAACAGCCUCCAGUCUUCUGGGAUGGCUUUCUACUAGAUGUUGGAACAUUGCUGCUAUAACAGCCUCCACUCUUCUGGGAAGGCUUUCCACUAGAUGUUGGAACAUUGCUGCUAUAACAGCCUCCAGUCUUCUGGGAUGGCUUUCUACUAGAUGUUGGAACAUUGCUGCUAUAACAGCCUCCACUCUUCUGGGAAGGCUUUCCACUAGAAGUUGGAACAUUGCUGCUAUAACAGCCUCCAGUCUUCUGGGAUGGCUUUCUACUAGAUGUUGGAACAUUGCUGCUAUAACAGCCUCCAGUCUUCUGGGAUGGCUUUCUACUAGAUGUUGGAACAUUGCUGCAGGGACUUGCUUCCAUUCAGCCACGAGCAUUAGUGAUGUCGGGCGCUGAUGUUGGGCGAUUUAGGCCUGGCAUGCAAUCGGCGUUCCAAUUCAUCCCCAAUUCGAUGGGGUUGAGGUCAGGGCUCUGCAGGCCCGUCAAGUUCUUCCAUACAGAUCUCGACAAACCAUUUCUGUAUGGGCCUCGCUUUGUGCUCGGGGGCAUUGGCAUGCUGAAACAGGAAAGGGCCUUCCCCAAACUGUUGCCACAAAGUUGGAAGCACAAAAUGUCAGCACACACACACCUGGCUUCUACAGUGUGCUGAAUGUCAUUGUAUGCUGCAGCGUUAAGAUUUCCCUUCACUGGAACUAAGGGGCCCGUACCAUGAAAAACAGCCGCAGACCAUUAUACCUCCUCCACCAAACUUUACAGUUGGCACUAUGCAUUCAUGCAGGUAGUGUUCUGGCAUCUGCCAAACCCAGAUUCGUCCGUCGGACUGCCAGAUGGUGAAGCGUGAUUCAUCACUCCAGAGAACAAGUUUCCACUGCUCCAGAGUCCAAUGGGGCUGAGCUUUACAUCCCUCCAGAGAACAAGUUUCCACUGCUCCAGAGUCCAAUAGCGGCGAGCUUUACACCACUCCAGACAACUCUUGGCAUUGCGCAUGGUGAUCUUAGGCUUGUGUGCUGCUGCUCGGCCAUGGAAACCCACUUCGUGAAGCUCCCGAUGAGCACAGUUCUUAAUGCUGAUGUUGCUUCCAGAGGCAGUUUGGAACUCGGUAGUGAGUGUUGCAACCGUUACACACUUCAGCACUCUGCGGUCCCUGUUCUGUGAGCUUGUGUGGCCUACCAUUUUGUUUCUGAACCGUUGUUUCUCCUAGACAUUUCCACUUCACAAUAAUAGCACUUACAGUGGACUGGACAGCUCUAGCAGGGCAGAGUCAGUACAGGCCAUUCUCCUGCCAAUGUUUGUCUAUGGAGAUUGCGUGACUGUGCUCAAUGUUAUACACAUGUCAGCAACGGGUGUGGCUGAAAUGGAUGAAUUAUCUGGAUCCACUCAUUUGAAGGGGUGUCCACAUACUUUUGUCCACAUACAUAUUGUGAAUUUCUGUUAAAAAAAAAAAAAAAAAUGAUAAAGCCUUUUCUUCCUAUUUCGUUUUGUUUUUGACGGUAGCUACACCUGAUUUAGCAGAAGGCAAAGUGUUUCCAUGUUGAACCAUUUCAUGUGUCUGAAGGUAGAGCUCCACCUACCCAGAGAGCAAAUCAGAGGUCAGAUCACUGUGACAGCAGUUUCCACCAAUAGGAAGAAGCCUUGAACACACAGCAAAGUUGAUUGUUAGUUUUCUUUAAAAAAAAAUAUGACUAGAGAGAGACUCAAUACAUACAGCAAAGAGCUGUUAAAUAAAUUCAUUUUGAAUGAAGUUGUUUUUCAGCACUUUGUCAACACUUUGUCAACACUUUGUCAACACUUUGUUCAGAGUCAUAAAAUGCUUGUUUCGAUAAGCUUGCGUUAUUUGCUGCUUGUCUUUUUUAAUAUCGAAGAAUAUUUCAACUUCUCUGACUACAGGAGUAACAACAUGAAUUGAUGCAUGAGGCAGAAAUAAUGCAAUGCUACUUGAGUUUCGCCGUGACGGUGAGUCAGAUGAGAGCGACCUGUCAUUCAGAGCAAGUGGGAAUUGUUUUUUUUGGGGGGGUGCUUGCGUGUUUUGCAUGUUAUUUUGGCAUUAAUACAUGUCACAUCAGUUUGCAAACAUCAUUAAGUUAAUAAAGCCACAUACAAACAUGG